AUGUGUGAUAACAACACCGUGAAACAAAUUUUAUUUUUCCGUCCUGUAAUUUAUAGUCGGUAUAAUUCUUUGUCGAAAUGAAUCAAGCAGAGGUUUCACAAUUAAUUUCAAAGCUGAGGAUACGCAUCAGUCCUCGGCACAAGAACCUUAAGUGUCCCGAAGGACCGCAGGGGCGAUUGAAUAAAUUACGUAAAACUGUCAACGCUUUGUUCAAAUACGAACGUCUGGAAUUAAAUUAUACGAUAGCCGACGAAACUAGAGGAUAUGCGGAAAGGUUGAUAUCUGAAGCAAUUAGGCAUGGAGAUACACACAAACCAACCAUGGAGAUGGCUGACUAUUGGAUAGAGGAAAAACAGUUGAUACACAAGUUGUUCAAAGUACUAGUACCACGAUUCAGUGAUUACAAGACAUCAUAUACAAUGUUGUACCGGGCUCCAAAAGCAUAUCCAGAUAUAGUGUACCCGCGUUCGGUAUUAGAACUCAGAGGCAACCCAUUUCCAUCUAUAUUGCCUCAGCGAAUUGACCAAAGAAAUUUUAUACACAAUAUAUUGUUAGAAGAAGCAAAGAAAGCAUAUAGGGCUGAAAAAUAUGAGCAGAUAACCAAAUCUCUUAAUGAACAAGAUGUGGUGGAUAAAUAGUUCAGUUACAAAUGUAUGUGUUCUAUCUAAAAAUAGUUGUUAAUUAAGUGUUAAAUAAAUUUGAUGUAUUUUUAUGGUGUAUCCCAUGUUAUAAUUACACAUCAUUUCUUGCAAUAUAUUACAUUUCUAAAAAAUUA